AUGGAAGUUAUUUCAUCAAAACGACUCAUUUUAUUGAUUUUAGCCACUUCAAGCUUGUUAACAUCAAACAUCUUUUGUGCAGAUGAGUUAACAAUGUCCAAUCUUCACAGCAAAGAAAAUUAUGACAAAUAUUCUAAGCCUAGAGGAGACCCUAAAGGGGAAAAGGAAAGAAGUCUCAAUUUUGAAGAAUUAAAAGACUGGGGUCCAAAAAACGCCAUUAAGAUUACACCGUCAGUCAACAAAAUGCCACACUCUGCAGCCAACUUGCCAUUGAGAUUUGGGAGGACCACAGAAGAGGAAAGAAGCACUGGAACAAUGGCCAACCUGCCUCUGAGAUUUGGAAGAAAUACAGAGGAAAGCAUCUCAAGACGUGUUCCUAAUCUGCCCCAAAGGUUUGGGAGAACAACAACAGCCAAAAGUGUCACCAAGACACUGAGUGAUUUCCUCGAACAAUCCAUUCAUUCACCAUCUGCCAAUGAAUUACCUUACUCUAUGUCCUGCCAGCCCCAAGAAAUCCAGAUUCCUGAUCGAAAACACCCAAGGAGACUGGGAUUCAAGAAAAUAGGCGAUGCAGAAUUGAAACAAGAAAAAUAA